AUGUCGAUUCAACAGCCGCCCGACAAUGGUGCGGGGCACUUCAAAAGCCCGGUCGUCAGUUCGGAUCCGGUAACUUCCAACACAAACAUCAACACCAAAGAUGGAGCGCAACCUAAAAAGGAGCCACCGCCCGAGAAACCGUCCGACAUACGGCGACGUAGUUACAUUAUCCUCUCGUUUUGGCUGAUCGUGGUCCUUCUCGGUUUGCCAAUAUGGUGGAAGACGACCACUAUCUACCGUGCCGACCUCCCUCUUCAGGAGAUGCUGGAUUGGUCUGACGGGAAGGCUUGUCGACCAGUAUUCCCCCUCCGUAUCUCCAUCCAAGCCAAUGCGCUCCAAGAACAAGAGGCCCAGAACCUCCUCCGCCUCACACAACACGCCCUCGACGACCUCAAUGACUUCUCCGGCCACCACUUGCGGCUGCAGCUGGCCCCGCCGUCUGCGGCUGAACAACGCGACCGUGAGAGCGUCUUGACGAUCCGGCUAGUUCCCGGCGACGCGACCACGGCCAAGUUCGAUCCGCACGAGCCGAUCCUCGACAUCACAUAUCCGUCGAAUGCUAUCCCGUCGCCGACCUCUUCGUCUUCGCCCCUUGCCACGUACGUAGCUAGCCAGCUGCGGUCAACCUUCGCCGAGGAGCAGGCCACGAUUUCGUACCUGCUAUCGGCCAAUUCGAUCCCUUCGGAUCAUCGGCCGCAAGGACUGUCAUCAGAAAUAUCCGACUCGCUUUCCAAGCGCACCACCCGAUCGUUGAAGUAUGCGCCGACCUACCACCUCACAUUCUCGCUGUUUACAAGCGGGCCGCUACCGAGCAGCUGGGACAUCGAUGGGGCGAUCGGCGAGUAUAUGAAGCCCGUGCUCGAUGUACUUUCGCCGAUCCACAACUUUACGAUCGACACGCAGGUACAGCUUUAUGCGACGCCGGGGGUUCAGAACCAGGUGCUCAACAAGGAGGAUCUCUCCUCGUUUAUCAACGCCGCCGAGUGGCCGCUAUCACCAUCCAUUGGGGGCGCGCCCACGGUUAACUUUAUCGUCUUUGUCGGGCACCAGACAAUUGCCGCCCCUGCGCAAAGCGCUGGGGAAGAUGGCGAGCCCGGCCCCUCAUCCCAUUCGUGGAUGAUGCCACAAUGGGGCACCGUCUACCUGCUCCCUCUCCCCAACGACACGAGCCACCUCUCGGCCGAGGCACUCAAACAACCGCUGCUCACCUUCACGUCGCACCUGCUCUCACUCACCGGCACGCCGCAAUCCGGCUCGCUACCCCUCCGCCUCUCCACUCUCUCCCGCAUCCGCUCCGCCGACCUCCUCCUGCGCGCGUCGUCGACGCUCGGUUCCCUCGCACGCCUGGCCCUCGCGCUCCCGUCCAUCUCCAUCCCGAGCCGCGUCGCCGACGGCGUGUCCAAGACGAUGCACCACCUGCGGCUGGCGUGCGAGACGCUGGGCGGGCCCGAGGGCCUGGCGCACGCGCGCAUCGCCGAGGCCGAGGCCGAGCGCGCCUUUUUCGAGAAGAGCAUGGUCGGCCAACUGUACUUCCCCGACGAGCACAAGAUUGCGGUUUACCUGCCGCUUCUGGGGCCCGUGGCGGUGCCGUUGGUCAUGGGGCUGUUGAAUGAGUUGAAGACGUGGUUGAAGCGGAGGAAGGAGGCGGCGAAGGCGGGCAGGGAGAAGAAGAAGGAAUAG